AUGAGUGAGGGUGGAGAAGUUGGAGAGCAUGUCCUCAAGAUGAUCCCUAUGAUUGAGAGGUUGGAAGCUCUUGACUUUUCCAUGGACCUCAACCUUCAGAUUGAUCUCAUCUUGCAGUCUCUUCCUGACUCCUUCUCUCAGUUUAUUAUUAAUUUUAACAUAAAUGAGAUUGAGUGCACACUGGCUGGUCUUCGUAACAAGCUAGUAAGUACUCAGUCUCAAAUGAAGACUAAAGGGAAGGAUGUUGUUGCUUUGACUAUCUAUACUUCUAGGCCCUCAAAGCCUAAGAAGAAAAAGGUGUGGCUCCUGUGGUUUAUACGAGUGAGAGCUCCAAGCAAGCGAGCAACUAUUUCUAUUGUGAUGAGGCCGGUCAUUGGAAGUGGGAUUGUCCACAACUCAGAGCAGAUGGCGCUAUAG